GUCUUUUGUAGUACAUUGAUCCAACCGUUCUUUGAUCAGGAAGUCAAUAACAGUUAUCUAAACUAAAUCAAUGUUCAUUAGUGUGAUCGGAACAUGCAUGUUGCUUCCUAUAACUCGUUCUUCUACCCCGAUCCACAAUGUCACUAAACUAGUGAAACUAACUAAACCUGAUUCUCGCACUCAUCAUUGUGAUAUGUGGCACGAUUGAUUGUUGGUCGGUCUUCUAUUCUUGCUCAUCGAAAGUCUCAAUAUGUUCACUCGAAGGUGAAAUUAUUUUAAAAUUGACACAACACCAAUCAAACCUUUUGUUCUAACAUCCAAUAACCUCGAUCGUGAUUUCAAACUUAAAGAUCACGAAACAUGUUAUCACCAUCUCGCAGUCCGCAUUAUCCUAAUCGAUAAUGUUUGAUCAUAAGAAUACUUUUUUAGAAAAAAUCUUCGUCUGCCUGCAACUCUGUCUACACAUACCACAAAAAUUCGUGAUGCAUGUGGGACUACAUUGAAUGAUUAAACCAUCUCUCAACCUUCUUCCCUCUCUCUCUCUAUAUAUAUAUAUAAACGUCGUCCAUCAAAAUGUGUCACAAAAAAAAAAAAAAAAAACCCAACACACCAGCCAUCACCAAAAUGAAAACCCAAUUCCUCUCCUACAUAUUCCUCCUCGUCAUUCUCCCCACCACGGCAAGCUCCUCCGACCAUGUCCCGACCCUAAACCCGUCCUCACCAAACGGCACCGUCUACAAGGUCUCCAAGCAGCUCUGCUUUCGCUGCGCCGGCGAGUCACUCGAGUUCCUCUUCUACCACAACCUUGUCCGCGCGUCCAAGUGGGAGCUCCCAUUGGCGUGGGACUUCCAGCUGGAGAAGUACGCGCGGUGGUGGGCCGGCCAGAGGAAAGCCGACUGCCGGCUGGAGCAUUCCUUCCCCGAAGGAGGGUUCCAGCUGGGAGAGAACAUCUAUUGGGGGAGCGGCGGAGGGUGGCGUCCCGUCGACGCCGUGGGCGCGUGGGCGGACGAGGAGAAGUACUACGACUACUCGGCGAAUAGCUGCGCGGAUGGGGAGGUGUGCGGGCAUUAUACGCAGAUUGUGUGGAGGAAGACCACCCGCGUCGGGUGCGCGCGUGUGGUUUGCGACGGCGGGGAUGUUUUCAUGACGUGUAAUUACGAUCCUCCCGGGAACUAUGUCGGGGAGAGGCCGUAUUGAGUUUUUGGUGGGUUUGUAAAUGUGUGGCUUGUGUGUUUGAUUAGUAGUGGGAGUGGUGGUGGUUAUGGGUUGUAAUUAUGCAAUGGGGUUAGUGUUUGUGGGUUGUGAAAGUUGUAAUUUGUAAUGAUGCCAUGGAAUGAUGAUGGGUAUGAUUUUGAUGAGUUAAUGGUUGUUUGAAUUGUAUGUUUUGGGAUUCAUGAUCGGUGGAUUGCACUAAAAUGUUCUGUUUUUUAGUAAAACGGUACCCGACUUGACUGCCCUGUUUGGUAUGGUUUGUUUUUUGGUAUUUUGAUUUGGUUGUGAUGUGAAUUAAAAAAAUACGUUUGGUCGCUAUGUAACCAUCUAUUAAGAUAAUUAAAACAGGAGGAGAAUACAGUUAUAAUACAAUCUCAAUUUUUUUUUAGACAUUAUCACUUUGAAAAAGGAGAAUAGUGAGAUAUCCAAAGUUAUAACGAUAAUUCUAUUUGCUGCAUAACUAAUAAACGAAAUCGAAUCCUUCUAACAUUUUGGGCGAUAAAAACAACAUAUGAAC